AUGGAGAUUACAAUUACAAAGGACGAUGAGGGAAACAUUAUACCCGUUCCUAAUUUCUUUACAUGUUGCCGAAAAGGAGAUGUUGAAACGUUGAGGGCUCUUAUUUCAGGAUUCAAAGCAGGCACUCUUUCAUUGGAAAAUCUCUUGGUUCAUCAAGAAGAUGGCUCUUCAACAACGAACACUUCAUCAUUCCUCUCUAAAAUUGCCUCAUUCUUUUAUGGCGGAAAAGCAAGUGAUGCAUCGGGAACUACCAACAGUGCAUCCAUAUUUCUAACACCUCACGGAAAGAACAGAUGCUUUCAUCGAUCUCCUCUUCACUACGCUUGUAGAUUUGGUCACUUAGCUUGCGUAAAGCUUCUCCUCGAUGAAAUACCGCAUUUACAAUUAUCGGGUGAAACAACAGCAAAAUGGACCAUAUUGCACGAGUGUGCCAGAUUCGGGCACACUAGCGUACUCGCAUAUCUUUUUACGAACCCAAGAUGUGAGGAAAUUUUGCGAGCCAUGUGCUCCAAAACAACAAAAUUCGGCAGUACUCCUCUUCAUUUAUGUUGCAAGUAUGGUCACACUGAAACAGCUCAAUACUUGACAGGCCAAUUCAUUCCCUAUGAUAGGGUUAAUGUUUCACGAAAUCAAAAUUUUCUCCAUGUUGCCAUUGAAGAAAAGAUGUCGACCUUUGUGGUAGAUUUUCUAUCAAAAUUUAUUCCAACAAGUACCUCGAAUCAACUCAGUAGAAAGAUCAUCGUGAGCAUUGUAGAACUGAUAUGCUCCAAAGACAGUUUUAAAACCACUAGCUUGCACUACGCUUCUGUGAGGCCUUCCGAUCAAAUGUAUGAGGCAUUAUUGAGGGCCAUUACUAUUUUGCACGAGUAUAUGGAGAAUGCAGGAAUUGUGAGAAGUCUUGUGAGUCCUGAUGUUGCUGGAAACACUGUACUUCACUAUGCUAUGGGUGGUAAUUCACUUAAAUGUGCUCUUCUCGUUUAUCACUAUUAUCUUUUGAGUAUUCAUAGAAGCAAUCCAAAUAGUAUUGUGAACACUACAAGUUUUCAGAAACCAACGAAUCAGGAACUUCUUCUCUCGAAUAACAACCCCAUGAAUAUGCAAAGUGGAACAAUGAAACACUCGCCAAUCUUCCUUGCAUGUAAAUAUGACCAUCCCUCUCUUUUGGAGACAUUUCUACUCUUCUACAAGGAUGAACAUUUUGAACCAAAUCAAGAAAACCAAAAGCACAUCAAAAUACUCUACGAAAAUUCUCCAUCCCUUAACACGACAUCUCUCUAUGAUUUCCUCAGAAUUAAAUCAAAGGAGGAAUUUAUUUUUGUGGUUCAGUCAUGGAAACAAAUCAAGGUGACUGAAAUUUAUGACCGAACAGGCCACACACCUGCGAGAACAAUUACUCUGGAUUAUAGUGAUGAAGAAUUGCACGACAUUUUCGAAAAAUUCAACUCGUGGAAAAUGAAUUGA